AUGAGCUAUGAUGAGGAUCAAAUAAGGGCUGAUGAUGAGGUUUUGUCGGAUAAUGUGACAUCUAAUAAUUCUUUAACUUUAUUAAUUGAGGAAAUUAUUGACUUAGAAAUAGAAAAAAGUUUAGAAUCUUCUGUAGUAGAAACAGCUCAAGCUGUCUCACAUGAGGAUUUGGAUUUGGAUUACAGUCCUU